AUGCCGUUCUUUAGGGGGCCCCUUGGGGGGGGCAGGAAGAAGUCUGCUGCUGCUCCUGCUGAUGCUGCUGCUGAUGCUCCUGCGGAGGAGAAUGUUGCUGCUACCAAGGGUAACGACAAGAAGAAGAAGAAGCAGCAGAAGCAGAAGGAAAAUGCAGGAGCAGAGGAUGCGCAGCAAGAGCAGCAGCAGCAAGAGCAGCAGCAGCAGCAGCAAGAAGAGCAGCAGCAACCGAACGGCGAGCAGCAACAGCAGCACCUAACAGCACCUGAAGAAACCCGUGACGAAAGCUGGCCUUCGCCCCAACAGCAGCAGCAGCAACAGCAACAGGAGCAGCAGCAGCAGCAAGAGCCAUACCAAAAGCAGCAGACAACAGACAAAGGCGGCCAUUCCGUCUCCAUUGCUGCCGAAGCAGUUGUACAACAAGCAGGAGCAGCAGCAGCAACAGACUCAGCAGCAGCAUCAGACGGAGGUUCAGCAGCAGCGGGAGAUGGAGCGGCAGCAGCAGGAGCAGCAGCAGCAGCAGAUGGCUCCCGUUCUGCCCAAUUGUGGCGGGGUCUUAGUGAUUUACCUCCUUACCUUCAAUACAAUUCAAGAGGAUCCUUUAGAGGACUCCCUUCACAGCAGCAGCAAACGUCGGGGAGUUCUUCUUCUGGAGAGGAAGGUGGUGUCGUUGCUGGGGGCCCCCUUGCUGAGGCGCUGCAGCAACGUGGUUGUGCUGUAGGUGUCCGUGUAAGACCUGAGUCAUUAGAGGAGGUACAGUUGGGUUCCCCGUGUUGUUUACAGGUGGGUCCCCCAUGGGGGGGCCCACCUGGGGGCCCCCCUCCUGGCCCUCAGGGGGGCCCCCAAGGGGGCCCCCCACGUGAGGUUCAGGUGCAGGGGCCCCGUAGUCAAGUCCAUCGUUUUUCUUUUGAUUAUGUAUUUAAUCAGAGGGCAUCACAAGAAGAAGUAUUUGCUGUUGCUUGUCGUCCUCUUAUUGCCUCUGCAUUAAAGGGUAUAUCUGGUGCUGUAUUAGUAUAUGGGCAAACAGGUGCAGGAAAAACUUAUACCAUGAUGGGGCCCCCGGAUGGAACUUGGGGUGGAGGGGGGGCCUCUUGGGGGGGCCCUAAUGGAGGGGGGAACCGAGGUGCACAUAGACGCUCCCAAACACGCAAUCAGCAAUACGGCAGCAGCAGCAGCAGCAGUACUAGUGGUAGACGCUCCUACCCGUCAGGUGGACGAGGGCCCCUUGAUGAGAAUAGAGGGGGUAGCAGCAGCUAUAGAUGGGGGCAAGCAGAGCAGCAGUCGGCGUGGGCAGAUGCUAUGAAGGGGGCCCCCUGGGCAUAUGAGGGUGGUGCGGGGCCCCCGCAGGACGAGGGGGGCCCGCCAGAAGGGGAGGGGGGCCCCCCUCUAUCUGUAGGAGACACAGAAGGGGACGAUGGGGUACUACAAAGACAUUCCCUACAAAUGACAGAUCUAAGGGGAUUAAUGCCGAGGGCAUUAGAGGAACUUUUUAAAGCUAUUGAGGCUAGGGGGGCCCCCCAGGGGGCCCCCCAAACACCUGAAGAUCAAAAGGGUACUUCUAGUACUGGUGUCUUCCCUCCUGGUGGGGGCCCCCCCGGCGCCUUCCCUGCUGACGGGGGCCCCCCAGGUUCCUUCCCUCCUGGGCCCCCAAGAUGUCCUAGUAGUCAAGCAGGGGCCAACGUAAGACCAUCAGCACCAACAGCAGCACCAGGAACUGCAGCAGGACGAGGUAGCAUACAAGCAGGGCCUCCUGGCAGAAGAGGUAGUAUGACACCCCAACCAGUUGGGGGGCCCCCAGGAGUUGGCCCACCUGGGCGGCGUCAAUCGGGUGGGGCCCCUGGGGCACCAGGAGCUCCAGGAGCCCCUGGAGCCCCAGGGGGCCCCGGAGGCCCUGGGCAGCAGCAGCAAGCUAUUGGUCUGCUGCAGCAAUUUAUACCCUCGGGGGCCCCCGUCUCACAGCAGCAGCUCAAUCUUCUUAGACGAGCAGCAGCAGCAGCAAAAGAGGCUAUCCUUGCUGAUGCAGCAGCACAUCUGUCAGGGGGCCCCUAUGCCCUUUCACAGCAGCAGCAGCUUAGUUGUGGGGGCCCCACAAUCAGGUCAGCAUCGCAGACACCGUCUUCAUCCUCAGCAGCAGCAACAGCAGCAGCAGCUGCUGCUGCAGAUGACAGAAGACGAACACAAUCCUGUCCCCCUAGCAGCAAAACAAUCAAUGCAGCAGAAUAUAGGGGACCACGCAGCAGCAGUACUAACCCUCGUGCACCACCUUCUUUCACCAGUACCACUGCAGCAGCACGUGCAGGCAACAGACCGGGGCCCCCGGGGGGCCCAAGGGCCCCGCGUCCCUCCCAAGCUGCUGCAGCACAAGCUAGAGGAGCUGCUGCUGUUGCUGCUGCGCAAAGGAGAAAGGCAGCGGAAAUGGAGAGACAGCGCAACAUUGAAGCAGCAAGAAGAGCAGCAGCAGCAAGACAGGCCCUUCGGGCAACCAACAUGCAGCGAAAUCAAGCAGCAGCCGGAGCAGCAGCAGGAGCGGCAGCAGGAGCUGCCGUAGGAGCAGCAGUAGGAGCAGCAGCAGCAGCAAAGCCCGAAGAACCUGCGGCGCCAGCACCAGAGCCAACCUCUGAAGCAGCAGCUGCUGCAGCAGCAGGAGAGGGGGACACCUCGCAAAAAGGCAGCCCCCCAGAAGGCGAGGAGACGUCUGUCAAUUGGCUGCCCCAAGCAAAAGAGGCAGGGGGAGGUUAA